UACCGCAGGAACUCAUUGGGUCACACACGUAGCUGUUUAGAUGGCUGACUGUAAGCAGUAAGUUAGAGAACGGCGCUGGAAGCACGCUGAGAUUAUUCAAGUUUUUUUUUGUUUUAUUGUUUUGUUUUGGGUUCACCAGUUACGGCAAAAUGGAGCAAGAAUUCGAGGAUAUUGAUUCGUCCGGAAAAUGGCAAAACCUUUACAAUGAGAUCCGCAACCAGGCCAGUGAAUAUCCGUACAAAGUAGCAAAACUUCCAGUAAACAGAAAUUUGAACCGCUACAGAGAUGUCAGCCCAUAUGAUCACAGUCGGGUAAAACUUGAAAACUCUGAAAAUGACUACAUCAAUGCAAGUUUAGUCACAGUGAAAGAAGCCCUUAGAGCUUACAUCCUUUCUCAGGGCCCUUUGAGGACAACAUGUGGUCAUUUCUGGCUGAUGAUUUGGGAGCAAUGUUCCAAAGCUGUUAUAAUGCUCAACAGAGUGAUAGAAAAAGGAUCUGAGAAGUGUGCACAGUACUGGCCCACCGCAGAGGAGAUGCAGAUGUCAUUCACAGACACAGGGUUUGUUGUGAGACUGCUUUCAGAGGAGGACCAUUCCCAUUAUACAAUCAGAGUGUUGGAUCUACACAACACAAAAACGGGCGAGUCGAGAGAGAUCUACCAUUUUCACUACACCACGUGGCCUGACUUUGGCGUGCCAGAAUCUCCUGCUUCUUUCCUCAACUUCCUCUUCAAGGUUCGGGAGUCUGGCUCGCUGGGCCCAGAGCACGGGCCUUCGGUGGUGCACUGCAGCGCUGGGAUUGGACGCUCAGGGACAUUUGUCUUGGUGGAUACUUGCCUUGUCCUGAUAGAUAGGAGGAAGAACCCAUCGUCAGUGGACAUAAAAAAGGUGCUACUAGACAUGAGGGAAUAUCGCAUGGGCCUGAUCCAGACUCCCGACCAGCUGCGCUUCUCUUACAUGGCUGUCAUCGAGGGAGCCAAGCUCAUUCUGACGGACAACACAGCAGCACAGGACAUGUUGAAAGGGCUGUCCAGAGAUGACUUGGAGCUAGAUUUGCCUCCUCCACCACCUCCACCCAGACCUCAUCUUAAUGACAGCAGGCCAAAUGGACCAUGUCUGGAGCCUCAGGACAACACGGGAGACCACCUCUCGACAAGAGAGCCAAACAUCCAUGACCACCAUGUGGAGAACUCUGGGCAUGUUAGAAAGAGACACCGUGAUGAGAGGAUCGCCAGCACUGCGCAGAGAGUCCAGCAGAUGAAACAGAGACUGACUGACUCAGAGAAGAAACGAGAGAAGUGGCAGUACUGGACUCCCAUCCUUCUCAACGUCAGUGCUGGGGCAGCCCUGGUCGUCGGCCUGCUGUGCUGGAUGUACUCCCAGUGAAAGGCUCUGGGUCCCCUAAAACUGACUCCUACUUUGCACCAGUACCUGGGAUUAGGUACUUCUUCUCUAAGUAGAUGUAGAUUGUUAUAUGUGCAUAUCUGAGGGUAUUUAUUUCUUAAAGUCAAAAUGCAGGAGCGCUAGAUCAAAUGAGUGUGUGUAUAUUUUUCUCUUAAGAUCUUAACAAAAAUAGUAACAUCUCAGGAUCUUGGUGCCAGCACGAUUUUUUUCUGUUGUUUUUCCUGUUGAUGAAUGUACUCUAUCAUAGCAAAAUGGCUUUGAAAGAAACCCACUAAAGGUGCAGUACAAAGAAAAAAGUUCAGACAGGUUUAUUUUUGCAUUCAAUGUUCAGAUUCAAGUGUUGAAUCAGACGUGGACACGUUUUACAUUUUACAUGUCAGAGUGACUUGUGGCGACUGUCAAUGCUCCUAUGAAUUUCUAGGACGACUCCAGAGCCAAAAGAUUAACUCUGGAAUCAUUUGUGUGUGUGUGUGUGUAAUGUGCUGACAUGCAUGCAUUUACAGGUUUUCCAGCCAGAGCACCACCUGUUCUUCCAUUAACAUUCAGCAGGGCAUCCAAAUAUGGCCAGAUAUAUAUUUUUGUGCACAUAGACACUUCUUAGAGAGCUGCCCUGCCAAUGUUUCAAACUUCGCUUGAAUGGUUUUCCUUUUCUGUUUAUAUAAGUAAAUUAUUGCCCAUCUUGUGAAUUUUGGUUGUCAUGUAGACUAAUGUGAGCUGCCAGGUCCUUUGCCAAUUAGUACAUGUAUUUACCCACUGGAUGGGUUCAUGUGUGUGUGUUCUAGUUUUCCCACUGUUCAUUUAUUGUUGAGUAAACCAAAGCAAAGCUGUGUGUUUUAGGAGGGUAACAGCCAGGAAAGCUGUUAGAUGAGGAAGCCUUGCACUCCCAUAAUGUGGAAUUUCUUUUGUUUUAGAUCUGAUAUAAUUCACAUCUGUGUUAGAAAAACUAUACUAGUCAUAGCAUAAUUAAGUCGUUUGUUUGAGUUGAGUGACUCCUUAAUUGUAAGCUAUAGCAUUAACUAAUUGGUUUUCAACUGACAGGGACCAAUCUAAAGCUAUAAUAGUGCAAUGUAGAAGUUGUUACAAAGCUCCUUGGAUUAAACUCAAAGUUAGCAGACAGUGAUGGUAAUCACAUCCGUACCUGUUGGUUUGCUUGUUGAUAUAACUUUUUUUAUGUGCCUUGACGUAGGUUAAAUUGAGAAAUGUGUGCUUUGAGGUCUCGAGCAUGAUCAGUACAGAAUAAAGCUUGUGUGAAUGGACACAAGAUGGAAAUGUUUGCACUGCAGUUACUUGUUGGUAGAAACUGAGGCGUUGGACAAGCAUCAGCCUAAACCGAAUGUGCUGUUAGCUUGUACUCGUCUCUGAAAUGAAACUUUCAUUGGCUACUGUGGCACAUGGCUUUUACGUGUUCUCAUGUAACCCAGAAGAUGAACAUUUGACCAUAACAUUCCAUUUAUUCUUGUUUUCCACAUUAUAUUUCAGGGGAGUACUGUACUCUGCAGAGCUGCAGAGAGAACAUGACUGAUGAGCUGUUUGUUUUUUUUUUUGGGGAGGGGAAAUGAAAAGCAAAAAUGAU